GGAAAAACCCAGCCGGCUUAGUGGAGCCGGCGGUCAUGUCAGGCUGAAUAAACUAGAGGGAUGUAGACAAAGCUGUGCGACAGCCAUUUGACAAGCUGUUGAGUCGUGUUUAAAACGCCGGGGUAGAAGAAAGGACUGGAUGAGAAGCUGCUCUUGACUUUAUUUUACAGCCAACUUACAAGUUCUGCUGCUAUAAACAAAUCAUGAAUGACGUCUUAUCAUGUAAAAGCAAUACACAAUGGAAAGAAUUCAGCUUGAUCAAAUUUGCACAAAACGAUAGCUUUUGAUUACAAGACAAGCCCCUUGUGGACUUUGGAGGCUAUUUUUGGUGACAGGAGAAUCUGAGACGACGUAGUUGGAGAAGAGGCCACAGUUAUAGACCUCUAUCCUUAGACGUUUUAGACUGAACAUGGUCUGAAGACCUACAACCUGAGCUACUUUAGAUCGGUUGCUUUUUUGACUUCUUUCUCCCUUUUUAAAGAAAGAUUUUUGAACCAGGUUGCAGGAAUGGGUCCGUUUGUGUCUCCAUUUGAUAACUUGCUGUGCAUGUUGCUGGGCAUCUCCUUCACCGUGUGGUUCACUCUGCUGCUGGUGUUCAUCAUCGUGCCGGCUAUAUUUGGCCUGUCCUUCGGCAUCCGGCGGCUCUACAUGAACACCCUGCUCAAGGUGUUUGAGUGGGCCACAAUGCGGAUCGAAAGAGGAGCCAGGGAGAAAAAUCAUCUUGUGUAUAAACCCUAUACGAACGGUAUAAUAGCCAAAGAGCCGACGUCUCUGGAGGAGGAGCUUAAAGAAAUCCGCCGCGUUGGCAGCAGCCGGGACCUGAAUGGCUCCUCCUCCUCCCCCACAGGCUCCUCCUAUUCCUCCUCGGAGUUUGCUGUGUCAGACAUCUUCUAUUUCUGCAGGCGUGGCGUCGAGAGCAUCGUGGAUGAUGAAGUGACCAAGCGCUUCACAGCUGAGGAGCUUGAGUCCUGGAACCUGCUGACACGCAGCAACUACAACUUCAGACACAUCAGCACACGGCUCACGGCGCUCUGGGGGCUCGGGCUGAUCAUCCGCUACUGCAUCCUGCUGCCUCUCAGGUUGACACUCGCCAUCACAGGUGUGACUCUGUUGGUCGUCCUCACCACCUUAGUCGGAUUUCUGCCCAAUGGGAGGAUGAAGAAUUUUCUCAGUGAAAAAGUGCAUUUGAUGUGUUACCGAGUAUGUGUGAGAGCACUUACGGCAAUCAUCACUUACCAUCACAGUGAGAAUAAGCCUAAGAAUGGAGGAAUCUGUGUGGCCAACCACACGUCACCCAUUGAUGUCCUCAUACUAGCCAGUGACGGCUGUUACGCAAUGGUGGGACAGAUCCAUGGAGGACUGAUGGGAGUCAUUCAGAGGUCUAUGGUGAAGGCUUGUCCACACAUCUGGUUUGAACGCUCUGAAGUCAAAGACCGCCAUCUUGUGGCCAAAAGGUUGAACGAUCACGUCGAGGACAAAAGCAAACUCCCGAUCCUCAUCUUUCCUGAAGGUACCUGCAUCAACAACACGUCUGUGAUGAUGUUUAAGAAGGGAAGCUUUGAAAUCGCUUCAACAAUCUACCCAGUGGCCAUCAAGUAUGACCCUCACUUCGGGGACGCCUUUUGGAACAGCAGCAAGUUCGGCAUGGUGAAUUAUCUCCUCCACAUGAUGAGCAGCUGGGCUAUUGUCUGCAGCGUGUGGUACCUCCCCCCCAUGAGCCGACAGGAAGACGAGGACGCCGUGCAGUUCGCUAACCGAGUUAAAGCAGCUAUCGCCAGACAGGGCGGCCUGGUGGACCUGCUGUGGGACGGUGGCUUAAAGCGCAGCAAAGUGAAAGACACCUUUAAAGAAGAACAACAGAAACUGUAUAGCAAGAUUUUGGUGGGAACUCACGAAGACCGCAGUCGCUCCUGAGGAAUGAAAGAUGACUGAGGUGACUGGACAGGAAAGAACUUGAAUCAUUCAAUCUUUAAAAAAAAAACCUAUCAGGAUUGCGUCGUGAGCCAAGUCUUACAUCUGUUGGUGGUAGAAGGGAUUUAAUUUUCAGCAGUCAGUUGCUUCACCAAUUAUGUUUGCGUAACCAACACAACAUGAUGUUGAGGUGUAAUUUAAUAACGUGGCCACUUUGUAAGGUCUCUAAGCGCACAUUCUCUAAGGCAAACUGGUUGCUAUCAACACUCUCAAAAACAACGGUGUAACAGCAGGACUUUUGUUUUUUUUGUUUUUUGUUUUUAACUUUGUGAAUCCAUUUUAAGCACAAUUCACAUCCUAUUUAUAUUAUUAUUAUUAUUAUUAUUAUUAUUAUUAUUAUUAUUAUUAUUAUUAUAUUUCUUAUGUUACAGUCAGUUUUAUUUUAACUUUAUCUCUGCUGUGUGAAUAUAUGGGUUCUGUAGAUGUUUGCAGGAAAGAAAACAUAAACUCAAAUGGGUCCUCAAUUAUAGCUAAUGCAAAUUAGCUAGUACGUUAUAAAUGUUGUAAUUUGUGCAACAGGGUCGCUGAAUUCUCAAUUCUGAUUGGUCAAAAGGUGUUGAUUAAUUUUCUGAUACUAGUUCUGGCUACAAAGCAAAUCACAGGUUUAUAUUAAUGUGCUCGUUUUAAUACGUUAUCGUUUCUAUAGUAACAAUUCAUUCACAGGGACUUGUAUGAUGGACACUCUACAUAAGAAACAAACAUUCUUUGUUGUUGUUUAACAAUUGAUAUGGUUAAAUUUUCUAUAAAUUGUCUAAAAGUGUUUAUUUACAUUUAUGGAAGGAGUCUCCAGUGACAGCCAGUAUGUUUUCCACCAUGGGAAAGUCUUCAGGAAAGAGGACUUUGCGGUUUCUCUGUAACAUGACAAGCUGUGUGUUUUGGCUUAUUAACUGCAAGAGAAAGAAGAGAAAAAAAAAAACAGAGGCUGGUGAGGGAAUCACAGUUUAUAGCUGCUGUAUAGCUGCUAUAAUGUAGCUUGCUUCGCGGACAUUAUGCAACAUUAAACAUAACUAUAAAUGUUGUAUUGUAAUUGUUAUAAGAUGAAUAAAACAUGUCAGGGUGUGCUGUUAUAGGAAAAUGUUCAACGCUACCUUGUAGUGGGAUAGUUGUUUUGGUUUUUUUUUUGGCUAUAACAGCAAGCCCCGAUGUGUUUUACUCCUCACUUAACCAUUAUUCUUGGUCAAGAAAAAUUUUGGGAAUACUGUAUGAACAUUUUAUGUUCUCAUUCCCUUGUAACCAUAGAAAUAGCAGGCCUGGAACUGUGUUAUAUUUCAUUUCUGCAUUAUUUACCCCAGUAACCUUAUUUCCACAUGAGAACCCUUGGGAUAGUGCCUAAAGAAACAACUGGCUGAAGACAUUGUUUACUUGUUUGUACAUGCAAAAUAUGUCUAUCCCACAGAUAAAGCAUCAAAAAGUGAGUCACAGAAUUCUAGCGAUGCAAUCGUACAAGUGUUCAGCAUUCCUGGUUAUGUUUUAAAGAUACAGUCAUGUUUGGUGCUUACUGUAGGAAUAUUGUCAAUGUACUGCAAGAAGAUAAACAUGUAUGACCAGAUUAUCCUCAGUUCAGAAGUUUCCUAAAACGUCUGAGCUAAAAUGCACAUGCUUUUAUAUCACAGUCCAAAAUUAUAAUUCCAAUAAUAAUAUCCUAGAUGGAUUUAAACAUCAAGGCUAUUAGUCGUAUUAGUUACAUAUGUUUGAUAUCCAUCAUUUUGUAAGGAAAACGCAAACAUUUUUCAUCCUGAUGUCUAUCUGUUGCAUCUGUAGCAUAAGGGUACUUACAAUGGACAAGAAUUUUUACACAUCAGCUGUAAAUUUCCCUAUCAAUAAAGGGCUUGGCAGCAAGUUCAAGGAGGCACACACCCUCUCUCAAAUCAAGGAAAUGCAGUGCUAUUACCUACUUGAAGUUUUAGAUUCACCAAGAACUGAAAAUGGUCAGUGUUGUUCUGAGCACAGUGUACUGCAUAUGAGUGUGGUUUGUGCAGGUUUGUGCGUAUGUGUUAAAACCAGUCCUAAUGCCCUGAUGAUGUCCUCUGAGAUGGCAUGAACUCACACAUGUUGGCACUUCAGCUAAUGGGUCCAGACAUUACUGUACAUCUGCUUUCAUCGAGCUUAGAGUGAAACCGUGCCAAAUGUUCCCAUACUGGUUCAGUCCUGUUGAACCAGUUUAUUUUUUUCUAUCAUAUGGGCCCCUGAUCUAAAGUGCACUUAUUUAUAUACAUGAAGUCUCAACCACAUAAACCAGUGUAGAGUUCAGCUUUAUGAAGAGGGCAGAAUGAAGAUCUCAGUGAAGCACCAUGUGGAGAGAUCUAGUGAUCCUCUGAGACGGGCUGAUUUUAAGAAUAUUUGUGUACAUAGAAAUAUGCUUAAUCCUAACAGACGACAGAGUAAACACUUGCAAAAAUAGCUCACACGCUUUCAGACUUGGGGAUUAAGUCGAAAGCCAAAUGCGGAAAGGAAGUGUAGGAUGCAGAAGUCAUCUGUCUUUUGGAAUUGAGCCAGUGUAUGUUGACUCUGGCCUUGCGUACAUUGCGGGUGAGUGCAUUUUUGGGUUGACGAAUGAUUUGCAUCUGUGCUGCCAGUGACUUGACUUCUGCCAAGCUAAAUCCUUCUCUCAUCAAGUCAACUGUUAAAUCUCUACCACUGAUUCCUCCUUCCCUGAAAAGAAACUGUGCGUUUGUCAUGUCUAUGGAUGAAAUUAGUCAAUAAAAAAAAUUACAACGUUUA